CUCUUGUCUACUCCCACCUCGAUUGCGCUCUUCGUAUAUAAGACGUUCAGCGUCUGAAGCGGCUCCGACCGCGUUCCCCUGUAACUUGUACUCUUCACCCCGCAUUCUGUGACGCAUCGCAUACGACGAGACCACCAUCAUGCUCUCGCAUUAUGGCUCAGUCGAUCUAAGGAAGCUCGGCGCCUGGGGACCCGUCACUGCGACGCUGGACUGGUGCGAGCCGAACCACAUGUUCUCCCACUACAUCGCCGAGGUCGCCAACUCCUUCUCCAACUUCUAUACGAUCUUCCUCGCCGUCUACGGCGCGUCAAUAGCAAUCCGCGAGCGCCUACCCCACCGUUUCUUGAUCGGGUACUGUGGUGUCGCCAUGGUGGGCAUUGGCAGCUUCAUCUUCCACUCUACGUUGCUUUGGGAGGCUCAGCUUGCCGAUGAGCUCCCGAUGAUCUACGUUGCGUCUUACAGUGUCUGGUCCUUGGGCGAUGACCAGCAUGGCUUCAACGCCAACACGCCCCGCAUACGAUUGCAAUCUCUUGCACUUGUAGCUUUUGACGUGCUGUUCACCUGGGGCUACUACCUUUAUCGCAAUCCCGUCUACCAUCAAGUAGUUUUCGCAACACUCAUGAUCAUCGUCGGCUACCGCACUGCGUACCUGCUUUACUGGUCGCCGCGCUCACCGCAAAUACCUGACAAGAAGAAGAAAGUCAUCACGAGAAUAUAUCUGACUGGCGUGCUGCAGUUUCUCUUCGGUUUCUUCGUCUGGAACCUGGAUAACAUAUUUUGUGGCACCCUUACGAAGUGGAAAUUCAACAUCGGAUGGCCCUUAGCCUUCUUGUUAGAAGGUCAUUCAUGGUGGCAUGUCUUCACUGCCCUCGGCACGUACUAUAUGUUCGUGGGGGUCAUGCUUAUCGCCUUGGGUAUCAAGGAUGACCACCGCAAUUACAUUCUGACUCGCAAGCUCGGCUUGCCGAUGGUUGUACGCGCCCCUGCACGACAAGACUGAUAGAGGUAUUGUUGUACUAUACUGAGUUGGGAUUACAGUCGUAUACGCGCAAUAGAUGCACUGGCAAUUACAACGCGUAGGGAUUUCGUCGCGUACGUGUGGUAAGGUAAUGCAGAUGGUAAAGACAGUCCGAAAACCUAUAUUGGCUCCCCAACGGACCACUUCUGAUAAUCGACGACGGCGACACCGUCCUCUGCACCGUCCGAUAGUCCCUUCAGCUCCGCCCACUUCUGUAAUGCCUGCCCGACAGGGAGCCCGGAGAGGUCUCCACCGAUCAUGAAUGGUUGGUUGUAAAGCGCAGUCUCCUGGCCCUCGCCCCGUAGACUUGUCGUCUCGAAGCCGACAAUUUGGCGCGCAACGGCGAGCUCGAGGCCCUCCAGGUCCUUCACGAAGGCCUCGUCAGCGAGAAGCUGCGCAAGCUUUGGUGACUUCAGUGCAAGAAGUGCCAAUGAGCCUAUCC